AUGACUAUCACGAGUAUUUCUCUUCGGGACUACCUCACGGUGUCGAAUUUCACAUUCUAUGGAGCUUCCUUCAUCUUUGCCUGCUUGGCCUUCAACUACAUCAGAGCCUGGUUCUUUCUCAGAAAAUUCCAAGGUUCAUGGCUUGCGUCUUUCUCGGAGCUAUGGCUCGCCAAGACAGCGCUAUCAGGUCGCUUUCACGAGAUCCUUUUGGAAGCAAAUAGGAUACAUGGACACUUGGUUCGAAUUGGGCCGACCACACUGCUCACCGAUGACCCGGACAUCAUUCGGCACAUGAAUAACGCCCGCAGUAAACAUGCCAAAACCGACUGGUAUACGUUCAUGAGACUCAACCCGUACAUCGACAAUAUUUUCUCCGAGCGAGACCUAGCCAAACACGAUCAACUGCGAGCGACUAUGGGACCAGCGUAUACCACAAAGAACAAUGCCAUCCUCGAACGCAAGAUCGCAAGAAGUAUCCAGACCUUUCUCCACUACAUUGAUGGGCGCAUUGACCGCGGAAAUGGAAACUGUACCAUGGACUUUAGCAGGGCGUGCCAAUUCUUUACCCUUGAUGUCAUUACCGAUAUGGCCUUCGGAGAGCCGUUUGGGUAUCUCGCCACCGACCAAGACUUGCAUGGCUACCAUACCACUUUUGCUGCAGAGGCACCUAUGAUCUCGGUGAUUAAUUCCAUGCCAACGUUGUGUCGUUUCAUGAACCGUGACUUUGUCAAGAAGCUGUGGGGUCCAAGCACUAAAGAUGAGAAGGGUAUUGGGAAGCUUAUGGCAAUGGCCGAGGCAACGGUCAAGAAAAGAAUUGAGUCGGGCAAGAACGAACAGGAUAUGCUUGGAUCGUUCUUGAAUCAUGGCAUGUCUGUCGCACAAGCCGAGGCUGAGAUCUUGACCCAACUUUCUGCCGGAACCGACUCCAACUCCGCGGCACUUCGAGGAACGCUGCUGCAUAUUUUCACUUCCCCACCUGCAUACAACAAACUCCGCGCUGAGAUCGACGAAGCAAUCCGAAGCGAGGUGGCUGGGCUGCCGUACCUUGAUGCCUGUAUUCGCGAGGGGAUGCGCAUUUGGCCUCCUUUCGCAGGGCUCAACAUCAAGCAAGUCAACAAGGAUGGAGAGGUCAUCAAAGGUAAGUUCUUUCCCGGCGGGACGGGCAUCGCAACCUCUUUCUGGGGCUUCCAACGCAACCCUGUCUUUGGCGAGGAUGUGGAAACCUUCCGACCGGAGCGUUGGCUUAAGGCCACCCCUGAAGAGAGGGCUCGGAUGGAGAAGGUCAACGACCUUGUUUUUGGGUACGGGAGAUGGCUGUGUCUGGGACGACAGAUGGUAGUCAUGGAAAUGAAGCAGGUCAUCGUCGAGCUUUUGCGACACUUUGAUUUUUCAAUCUACAGUCCUACCUAUCCUUGGACUGUGAAGAGCUAUGUUUUCAUGCUGAUUCAGGACAUGCAAGUGACCAUUACGCGUCGUGUUUAGAUGGUCGGUCAUAGUUGAUAUGAGGUGUGAUGGGGAAGAAGUCAGGUGGCACGGCAAGAUCUUGAACAGCACAUCUUUUUCUGGUUAUGGUGAACAAUAGCAAU